UGGACAGAGGACGGAGAGAAGUUCGAGAUAAGUGACAAGUUUGGAUUACAAAGCUUUGGUUUUCAUUUAGUUUCUCAGACUAAAUGAAAGAAGUGUGAGAUGCAUCUCAGGGGACACGUGUAAAUAAGCCGAGGCUGCAGGCUCAGAAACAGUGACCAUUAUUUUCUCCUUUUUCUCUCUCACUCUGCAAUGGCUUAACAAAGGGGGCACAUGAAGAGUUCAGAUGCUGCACAGAGCUCUACAAUGGAACAUCAGGCCACUUCAUUCACUUCCUCUGCUCCAUUAAUUUCAGCUCCACAACCUGGCCAGAGCAACUUCAGGAGACUCAGCUGCACAGAUGACAACAGUCCCUACCCCAUCCCUGGCCUUGCAGCAGAUAUCCUGCACAUGCGAGUAAAAGAAGGAAGCAAGAUCCGUAAUUUACUGAGAUUUGCAACAGCUCGCAUGCAAGAGGAAGCAGGAGCCAGUGAUGGGACAUCCCUGAGACAGGUGGUCUUCACUGGCUCAGGCAGAGGAAUCACUAAGACUAUCACCUGUGUGGAAAUCCUGAAACGUAAGAUGACAGGGCUACAUCAGGUGUCCAAACUUUACUACAAGACAGUGAAUGAAGUUUGGAAGAGUCCACAGCAGGAAGCACCAGGUAUAACAGUGGAGAGAACAAUCCCUGCCAUCUGCAUCCUGCUCUCUAAAGACCCUCUGGAUCCCAGGGAGCCUGGCUAUCAACCCCCACAAACCCACAGUAUUUCCACAGAGGACGCAGAGAGACAGAGAGAUAUGCUCAGGACAGCUGCCAGUCCCUCCUCACAGCAUGCAGCCAAAAGACUCUGUCCAGAUGACUGGACUGUUUGUCCUCCCUGAACCUCCAGAGCCUGACUAAAUUAUUUAUGACUGAAAAUCUAAAGGGUAUUUUCUGGCACAUCACUAAUCUGGUUUGAAUCAGAGACUAUUUGGGGUCAUCAAGUUAUUACACAAGUGAAAACAACAGGGAGCUUGGACAAGACGGGAUGACGCGGUUGAGAGGAAGGUGACCUGGACUGAGAUCUGGAAUGCUGAUCCUCACUGCAUCAAAUUCCUUAUCCUGACAGUUUGUGAUGCGCUUCCAAGCCCAUUUAACCUGUACGCA